CCGUUAAAGACAAGAAUGCUGAUUGGAACGGUCCCCUGCUAUAUCACCCUGUCCAGAUGUGAGCUGUGGGUUACAGACAACUCACUGCCAGAGAAGACUGUCACUUCUUGGGUCUGGUCAUCCAGCACAUCAGUCAUGAACGCAAAAUACAUCCUGGCCCUCGUCUUGGCUCUGCAGGUCUCCAUGAGCCUGUGUGAGAUUCCUGCACCAUCUCCGGAGCUCCAGAGCAAAUAUGACUCAAUGAAAUCCACAUUCAUCAAAAGACUGGAGAACGCUUACAAAAAACUUCAGGAUGCCGUCAGUACAAGCGAGCAGGGACAGGUCACCAAGGAGCUGGUUGACAGCGUGCACAACCGGCCUGAGUUUCAAGCCGUCGUCAAGGUCGCCUCUGGACUGGGCUCAGAAGCAGCUCCCAUAGUGGACCGGGCCCGUUCAUCUCUGUUGGGUUUGUACGAACAGUACCUGCGCCCCCACGUUGGUGAGUCCUUGAGCUCCGGCAUCGACCACAUCAAGAUCUACCUGGAUCAGGUCAUGCCCGCCGAGUGAAGAAGAUCACCUGGACAAGAAAAGAAGCCCUUUGUUAAAUGAUAGUUCAUAGAAUUUAGACCACUUUAGACAAAGAAGAGCGAAGCACGAUGCAAACAAGAUUUCUGUCCACUUUAUUUUUAAAUCAAGAUCCUCACCAAGUCAUGCUGAGUCAUGCUGAGCAUGGCAUGUCAACACCAGUUCUGCACGUGCAGUGUUUUGUUGGAUACACUAACCCAAAGACCAUGUGUCUGUGUAUGUAUGUACCUUUAUGUGUUCAAUAAAAGAAAUUGACAUUCA